UGUUGGUCAACGAAAAUAUAUUUCUAAUCAGCUGUUUCUGGCUGACUAAUUUCCUUUUUUCGAGAUUAUCUUCCAAGUUAAUUGUUUGCAAGUAAAUCCAAUGCACGGCCGAGUAAAAGUACGCACCACCGAGGAGGAGCGGGAGCGGAAGAAGAAGGAGCAGGCUCUAAAAGUCCGGGCCUAUCGCGCCGCCAUGGGCAGGAUCCAAAAGAAAAGGGAGGCCGGCGAGCUGGACUCCGAAAUGCUGACCCUCACGGUUCAGAUCCUGCAGCGUAAUCCGGACGUGAGCACUCUGUGGAACAUUCGUCGAGAGUGCGUCCUGGACAAGCUGGCCAAACUGAAGGCAGAGGCCGCGGAAAAGGAGGCGGAAACCCCGAAAGAAGAGGAGAACACCGAGGGAGCUGCCGAAAAGAAUGACUCCCAGCCGGAGGACAAAUCCCAGGCAGUGUUCACUACCGAGCUGGAUCUCACCGAGCAGUGCCUGAUGGUGAACCCCAAGUCGUACAACGCCUGGCACCAUCGCUGCUGGACACUGGAGCAGAAUCCCCGCGCCGACUGGCAGCGGGAGCUCCUCCUGUGCAAUAAGUACCUCAAGUUCGACGAGCGUAACUUCCAUACCUGGGAUUACAGGCGCUAUGUGACUGAAAAGGCUGCCGUUCCCGCUGCCCAGGAACUGGACUUUUGCACCGAAAAGAUCAAGGUGAACUUCUCGAACUAUUCCAGCUGGCACCAUCGCAGUCUCUUGCUGCCGGAACUCUAUCCCAACGAGCGGCGGGACAGACCCAUGAGCGAAGAGAAGCUGCAACAGGAGCUGGACAUGGUUCUGACGGCUGCCUUCACGGAUCCCAAUGACAGCAGCGCCUGGUUUUAUCAGCGCUGGUUGCUGGGCAGUGGCGCUGAGCUGGACAGGGUUCCGAAGGUUGCUGCCUUCCGCCUGGGUGCCAAAGGCGCAGUGUUGGCCUUGGACAAGCCCAAUCCCGAACUAAAUAAGCUUCCAAUUGAGUUGGUCAGCGGGGAUGAAAAGUGGCAACUGCAAAACUGGCAGUCAGUAGACAGUGGAAAGACGGCCUGGAAGUUACAGCAAGCAUUCGAUUGCCCAAAAACCAAAUCCUUGACCCUGAAGCUAGCUGAUCAGGAAGUGAAUCUUUCCCCCAUUCCAAACUCCGAUGGUUUCUAUUACUUUGUGCCACCUCACGCUGUCGCUAGUUGCAGCAAAGAACUGCUGGCAGAGCUUCAGACCCAACUGCAAUCCUGUCUAGAUCUUCUUGAAUACGAACCCGACAGCAAGUGGACUUUGCUGACCAGUGCUCUGCUAAUGCGCGCCAUCGACGUCUCCGCCAAUCACGACCAGAGCCUCACGCACUUGACCAAACUGGAGAAGGUUGAUGCUCUGCGGGAGGGAUACUACAAGGACCUGGCUGCCCGCUGGGUGCUGGAAUCCGAGCUAGCCAAGUGGCCGCAGGCUGCAGACUUCCCCACAAAGUUCGAACUGGCGGAGGAGAAGUCACUAGCAUCGCUGCCGUUGGGACAGUAUCUGAUCAUUGCCGAUGAACUGAAAGUGUCGCCAAAACUAAGGGAGGAGCUGGGAGAAAGGCUGCCCAAGAGUUUCGGAGACCUUGAACUGUAGGAGGGCAAAGGGUUUAUGCUUUAAGAAGCUGAAACAAUCAUUCAAUUUAGCCACUAAUCCUAUUUAUAUGUUUUGUAUAUAUAUUUUGUACAUCUUGUACUACGCUUACAAAUAAAUUCAUACGCUGAAUGAGAAACUGAAA